AUGCCAGCAGCAAAGGCUAAUAAUCUUCCCGACAGUGAGGUGUAUCCAUCUAAUCUUGAAACAGUUCAAUCGAUCCUUCGAGUGGCCGAUGACUUGCAUCCCACGCAUCCUCGGAUCUCUUACUUAUGUGUGUGUGGUGCGCUUGAGGAGUUGAGAAAGAUUGACCCCUUAAGUGUACUUAUUCCUGGAAUAGGCCCAGCGCCAAUGCCUCUCUGGCCUAGACCUACUGAAGGUGUCCAAGCUUCCACAACUUGUAUGGUCAGAUCUGCCAGAUGUGAUCUUCUCAUAUCUGCAUGCCCUAGCGCUCUUGCUCUCUACCAAGUCUUGGAGCAUCUUUCGAAAGAAGUUCAACUGCCUCCUCAGGUUUUGGAAGCCCACGAUGAAGUGAAACGGUUCGCCAAGAUCUUUGUGCCUUACCGCAUAUAUCCCAACGAUCCUUAUAGUGAUGAUCAUCUUAGUAGGAGUACUCCUGAGAUGAUAGCUUUUGAAGACUUACUUGGUGUAAAGGUCUUCUCCAGGCUCGAUGCUAAUAAUCGUAAAAUAAUAAAAAAACAGCCCUUGCCCAACCCACGAGAAGCUUGUCCACCGAAAACCCAAGGCCAUAACAAAUCCGAAAAUAUGAUUACUGGCAAUACGCCAGUGGGCAAGCCUAGCGGGAUCGGGAUCGGAGGAUGGGCAGAGCCAGAUAUAGUGCCGCCAUUGCUUGUUAUCUUUUGGUCUCUUCUUUUCUUUUGUUUCUGGUCUUUUUCAAGAGAAAAUAUGGAAAAAUAA